AUGGCCACUAACUACAGUGCCAACCAGUUCGAGCCCCUCAGAGCCUUCCUCCCUCUUCACAAGCACUAUCCUCCUGCAUCUCUACCGCAGAGCAUCUCUUCCCAUGAAGGCUACACUCAGAUUAUCGCCAAUGAUCGUGGUCACCUGUUGCCUUCAGUGCCCCGCUCCAAGGCAAGUCCUUGGGGUUCUUUCAUGGGCACCUGGCAAAUGCCUCUGAAGAUACCCCCUGCUCGGGUGACUCUGACCUCCCGUACAAUUGCUGGUGCUGCCUCCCUCACCAAAUGGAUACAGAAAAAUCCUGAUUUGCUCAAGGCCUCCAAUGGACUACGUCCUGAAAUCUUAGGCAAGCCCCAUGAUCCAGAAAGUCAGAAGAAACUCAGGAAGAAGACUAUCACAAAGACUGUACAACAAGCAGCAAGUACAACCAUAAUCCCAAACUCCCCAGCCACAAGCUGCAACUGCCCUGAUCAACUGCAAAGCCCACAUCCCUCGGCAGGUCACACUCCAGCUCUCCAAAGCCCACCCAACUCUCCUGAGACCCCACCUGGAAGCCCAUGUACGCUAGAACACUGGGAAGGUUCCGAGGUCCCAGGAGGCAAACCUAGAACUCCUGAAGGGACUAAGGGCCACACUGAGAAAACCUGUCUAGAGACUAAGUAAGCAAGGUCCCAAUCAAGACUGUGAAACAGGAAAAUUAUGGACUGGGAGAAAAGGCAAAUUUGGAAAAUAAACAUUGUUUGCUGAAUCUUCUACUGAUUUGGAUUUUCUCAUCCUGCUAUGGCUGCCUCUUAUAACUGCCCAUAACUAAGAGAAGGAAGGCUGGGGAAAAGACAGUAGGGGAAAGCACAGCAAUGGUUUGGGAUUUCACAAGGAUUGGGUCAGUUAUAGUCCAAAAAUGAUCAAAAAGAAGUUGAUCUGAAUCAUAGCAAAAGGGUAGAACCUCAAAGAAAUAACCACUCCCCGCCCCCCGCCACCCCUCCUUCAUCCUGGGCUUGAGCUCCAACUUUGAAAAUGAAAGGUUCCCAUUUUCUAGGCUACCUGUCCCAAUCUCAGUGAAGGGAAGUGACCUUGGAGAGAAGGAGAGCAUGCAUAACUACAACUUCAAAGUCAGCAGUGUAACUGUUUAGUACAGUUUGUGUAUGAGUGUUUGGAGAAGGUGGGGGAGAAAAGGUGGGGGAAAGCCGAAGUAGAAGACACUAUCCUGUCUAAGAAGACUUCAUAACUAAUUGAUGUCAGAAUGCAUAAGGAAAACAAAUUGAAAAGAGCUACAAAAGCAUAACUCAAGUACAAAUACAGUUUGCAAACUGAAGAUACAGAAGUGACAGGAGGACAGCAAAGUAAAACAAAGGGAGAUGGCACAUAGGAAUUUAGGACAGAAUAACAAACAUGGUGACUGCUCUGCCACCCCCUUCCACUACCAAUCACCUGACUGUAAGAAGCUACCAAAAAGGUCAAGAUGUCCCCUACCCAUUUCUCAGCCUCUGACAUCUCUUUAUCAUUGACCCCAUUCUGCAUCUGUUAAAUUGAAUGCCCUUGGCAAACCUUUCCCGGUCCUAGUACCCAAGUGUUCUCUCAUGAAUACUUGUCCCUCACUCCGAGGUCAAAAGGUACAGACAAGUGCUGGUUGAAGCUUGAUCAGAGCUAUGAAGAUUUCC